UGAGAUCUCUCAAAAUAUGGACGCUUGUUAUUGUUUCGUCUUGGACUGUUGUGUAUGGGGGCUAUGAUCUGAAGCUAUAGUCACUCCCCAAGUGAAGGCAAGCUCGCUCCUACUAGUUCCAAAUGAGCUUCCUGAGUCCGGCCCCUGCUGAACCACAGCAGAACUUGCUGUUUGUUAAUUUUAAUCAAGAUUCGUCGUCUCUACAGACAGGAUCCAAGCAUGGCUUCAAACUCUAUCCUCUCAAUUCAGUUGACACCCUGGAGUUCACACAUGAAAAUAAUGAGAGGCCAAACAUCCAUUUGGUUGAGAGACUGUUUGCCAGUAGUUUGGUGGCCCUUGUCAGCAGUGACCAUCCACGAAAGCUGGAUGUCUGUCACUUCAAGAAGGGUUCAGAAAUAUGCAACUAUUCUUACUCAAAUGCCAUUUUAGCUGUCAAGCUGAACCGGAUGCGCCUGGUUGUGUGUCUGGAGGAAAGCUUGUACAUCCACAACAUCCGAGACAUGAAAGUGUUGCAUACGAUCCGCGACACGCCACCAAACCCAAAAGGCGUGUGUGCUCUGUCUCCGCACAACGAGCACGCCUACUUAGCCUACCCAGGAAGUGCUCAGGCUGGGGAGGUCCAGAUUUUUGACACCAUCACAUUGAGAGCUGUGAUCAAUAUAUCUGCUCAUGACAACCCUUUGGCAGCAGUUACUUUCAAUCAACAGGGUACUCGACUGGGCACUGCUUCUGAAAAGGGGACCGUAAUGCGUGUUUUCAGUCUUCCAGAUGGUGAUAAGCUGUUUGAAUUCAGAAGAGGACUGAAAAGAUGCGUUGAUAUCCAGUGCCUGGCUUUCAGUCUAGAUUCUCUCUUCUUGUGCUUGUGCAGCAACACUGAAACUGUUCACAUCUUUAAGCUGGAGGAGACCAAGGAAAAACCUCAGGAGGACAACUCUUGGAUGGGUAUGCUGAACAACACAUUCAGAACCUCAGCCAGUUAUCUUCCUGCAGGGAUCUCGGAUGUGAUGAACCAGGGCAGGUCCUUCGCCACUGCGCGCCUGCCCAGUGCUGGACUGAAAAGUGUAUGCACCAUAACUUCGCUUCAGAAAAUCCCACGUCUGCUGGUGGCCACCCAUGAGGGUCACUUGUACAUCUACAACCUGGACACGGUGGAGGGCGGUGAGUGCACACUCCUGAGGACUCACACACUGGAGGGCCAGGCGCUGGAGCAUCCCACAGCAUCAGAGGAGGCCUCAAGCACCGACCGACCUUUGACCCAGGCCACUGGUGAGGAUGCCUCAUCCUCCUACGCAGCCACAGUUCGACGGCCUCACUCGGCCUCCUCCUCUUCCCCCUCCCACGCGACAGGAGGUAGUGGGGAGGCCGCUGCCUCGGCCCCAGCCCCUUCAGGUAAGCUGGCGAUGACAUCUGUGGCUCCUCCUGGCGUUGGGGAGGCAUGGCGUGGAGGUAGAGGAGGAGGAGAGCGCAGCUCUUACGCAGCCAUGUUGAAGGGGAAGGGCGGCGGGGGCCCCCAGGAGGUGACGGCCGAACUCUGUCUCCUCUCGGUGCUGGACGAGCUGAGAAGUGACGGAGACUCCCUGCCGUACCAGGAACCCCUCGAUGGGGCUGUUGGAGGGGAGGAGACGAUUGGAGCUCUGCGGAUUCAUGAUGACAGUGAGUUCCCUCCCAUGUCGCACAAGACAUCAUAAACAGCAGGACUUAUCGCUGGAUGGAAACUGUUACCGCAUUGGCAGAGACAAAUUGGAGGUCCCUUGUCUGUUAUUGAUAGUGGCACAAAAAUGGCACAAAUACUUUUUUGUUUGCCUUGCCAGUGUUGGAAAUGUUGCUCAGUUUUCUUGAUAAAAGAUAAGGACAUUCUGCUUUUGUUUCUCUUUAUGUAAUUCAGCGUGGGUGUUUUAAAAAAUUGAUCUCAAAACUAGUUUUCUUUUGAUAUUUGCUUUGAAAAUACUUCCAAGUAAUGAUUAUCUUACUUUGUUUAUCCCAUUGCAGUAAUUUUGGUUUUUGACUUAAUUUUCCUACAUAUAUAUUAUGAGACUUGACAUACUAACAUCGAUGUCAUGAUCUCUUUCUAGCUGAAAUGAAAGCACAUUUUUGAAAAAAAUAUACCUGCAGGGAGUAUUUAAAUGAGCACAACAUUUUGUUAAGGGAAAGUAGAAUUUUGCAGCAGAUGUUGUUAGACUGGUUAGGAUACUAAGACACUGACUCUAACUGCUUUAUGAAGUUUUAUUUUGAGUUUUGGAUGUGUAUAUACCAAGGUGUCCAUUGAACUAAAGAGAGCUGCUUACAGCUGAGCUAUGGAUAAUUCGUGGACAAAGCAAUGGCCUUGAUGGCUAGUGUUUUGACCCUUGGUCUCAGCUGUACCUUACCUAGAGAAUGGGAAUUGUGGGAACAGCUGGGGUGAAGAGGAGCUGAGAUAUGUUGGCAAUGUACUAUGGUAUUGAUAUUUUUGCUUUUGAGUUCAAUUUGAUAUGUUCAGGGGGUGUUUUGCGGAUGAUGUUUUAGGUAUAAUGAUGUAGCUAUUUCCUCUGUUGAAGGAGCAUUACUGCACAGAGAGAAGGUAAACAAGACCAUGAGGCUUUAGGGUUUAAUGUCAGGGGAUGAGGUAGAACUCCCCUCCGCCAAUUUCUUUUUUAAUAGGACAAUUUUCUGUUUGUAUGAAAAUGAUUCCGAAGGGCACACACUCAAAGCAUUCUGAAUUAAAAACAACAACUACAAAACAACAACAUAUGAAAAUAAUGUAAAAGUCAUUGACAACCUAAGGUGGUUCUAUGUGUUGAACGAUUCAUUUGCAUACUCACUGACUGGUUCCCUUAGUGUUUGUCAGUGAAGGUUCUACAAACUUUCCAGUCUACUAAGGUGGUGAAACACAUUUGUGCAAUAAGAACUUUUUUCUUCAUGAGCUGGGUCAGUACUCUGUUCCGUUUGAAAUUCCCUUUUUGUUUUUUGAUGCUGAAAUUAUAUGCAGCUUUAGCAAUUAUUGAUGACUUGUAUAAGUCAAGUUGCAUUACACCAUCACCAAUCCCAUACACAUGUGAAAUUAUAAUAUAUUUUCUUCUGUAACAUUGAUCAUCUCUUCAUACCUAACUUUAUUUCAUUUUCUGUGGAGAGUGGUGACUGUGGUGGUUUGUUAAGAAAAAUGACUUGGGCAUUUAUUGUAGGAGUGUGACGAUGUAAUAGUAUUCAUAAAACCUCCGUUCCCUUAGCCAAUGUUCUCGUGCACCUGCUUAGUAGAGCGGACACCACUCUCAGCUGCUACUUGUCUUCCUGCGUGCCCUGUCUCUGUGUGCUUCAGUAGUGUUGAACCACUGGCAAUGCGCUACGCUUGAGUCAGUCUGAGCUUAUGUCUCUCUGUUGCUGCACUUGAAUCAUUUGAGUCGUGGAAUUAUAUUGUUCUAGGUUUUUUUUUGUCUCGGAGUAUGGUGUGAGAGAAAUUAUUUGUUUUCUUCUGAUUUUGACAAUAAAGCACUGAGUAGACAAAAAGGAUAAGUUCAGGUUGCUGGUGUUUCUAAGAAAUCUGAAUUUGUUUUAUUCUUUUUUGGGGGGGAGGGGGUAAAAAAAUAACUCCAUUAGAUGGAUUUGGGGCUUGAAAAAUGAAAGUUUAGUUUGGGUGGGAGAAUGAUUUAAUGACAUAAUAGAGUGUUGAUAGGUUUAAUUAGAUGAGGUGAGACGGCAGGAAUGGUUGUGAUGAGUAAAAUGUUCUGGUUUAGCUAGAGAACAUAGUCUAGAGGGUCCCAUACUUGAUGAAAAGACUAUACAACAGCUGUGGUUAGGACAACUGAAGUGAUAAGCAGCAAUAAUGACCAACUGAAAUGCAUAGUUUUAGAACGUGAGAUAGUGGAUAUGCUGCAGUGUGAUACAUAAACGGGAGAGAUAUAUGAAAUUUUGUAAGAAAUUAACCUAUUUAUAUGACAGCAUUAUGUGGUGAAUACAGUGGUGUGGUGAAGGAAGUUUUUGACUUGUCAGACGAGAUGCCUUGUGUUGUGAAUGUCAUCUCGUAUUGUCCCUUCGGGUCACAUAUUUUAUAAUUUCCUGAUCUUUGGCUUACAUUUGAAAAUCUGUGUGGCUGAUGUAAUAUCUCUUUUUCUGCAUAUUCUAACCAUGUAAAUGGGUGUGUCAGAACGAGACAAAUCUGUGAUGCUGUACAUAAAAGUCACAUGGAACCUUUGUGCACAAGAGUGUCAAGAUUCUUUCUUUUUUUUUUUUCUGGUGCAUAAAAUAAUAUUGUGCGUAUUACAUGUACAUCUUAUUUGUAAGUCGGGAUCACAUCAGCUGAGUGUUUGUUAUGAAGACCUGCCACUUCAGACCUUUGUUUCCUUUUAUUUGUGCCUUUUACAUUUGAUGGUCACUGCAAAUUGCUCUGCACUGUUGUGUUUGUGUAAAUUUGAUAUUUGGAAAUAGACUACGACUGGGGUUGAAUGUGGAAGGAUAUAGGAUUGUGUGUGUACUAGUAGAUCCUACUUCUUUCCUACUCCUUAUUAUUUCUGAAGCUUUAUUUUGCUGUCUUUCAGUUUCAAGACAAAAGUCACCCUCACUGUGUUGAUUUAUAGUCCUCUUUUCUCAAAGAAAUGGAGGAGAAAGUCUAUAAUGCACCAGGAUAUGGCGGCUUGGAGCUGCUUUGUUCAUGUUUGUCAAAGCUGCCUCAAUUCUCUUAUCUUUAAGAUGACAAUGGUGUAAAACUGCUUCAACAGUCUGAAUAUGGAUGUCUCCCCCCAUUUAUGCUUGAUUAGAUGGGUGCUUGAAGAAACCUGUUUACUGGUACUGAUUACACACCAUAUCCAGCUAGUCAAAGAUGUUCAUUCAACUCCCAGAAUUAGAAUAGCAGCUGAAUGCUUUGAAGUGAACGAAUCAUUGUUCACAGCUAGGAUGAUGAAUGCUCACUCUGUGUUUGUUAUACUUAACAAAUGGUCUGUGAUGUGUAGACGUGAAUUGCAUAUAUAUAAUAUAGAUAAGCUGUAGGUUGUCCGCAGAACUUCUUGCUUCCAGUAUUUGAAACUUUCUCUUCUUGGUUGAAAAUGAUUCCAUUUACAUACCAGGAAGGUCUUAGAAUAACUGUCAGCGUGUUUGCAACUUCUACAAACCUGUUGGACAAGUUUGUGAAGAGCCAAAAAAAAAUUUACAAGCCAUUGGCCUAUAGGCUAUGGGAAAGCAGUGCACAGAAGUAAUGCAAAGCUUUCCUUUCUUGGGUCGUUUUUGUUUGUUUUGUUUUUCAAUAAUGAACUUUGUAUUUUGUUCCCAAUAGAGACUUAACCUGCUCUUUCAAUUAAUCUGGUGUGUGUAUAUGAAUGUUUUGCCUACUGACUCCAAUGAGUUGAUGCUUGUGGUGCUGCAAAUUGUCCUAUAUAUUAGUCCAAUCAUAUGACAUUGUUUGUGUGUGAAAUGAUUCUUAUUGCGACUUGUGGAGGAAAAUGGAACAGUUUCAUGUGCGUGCUGGUUAUAAUGUCUCAACGCGAAGAGGUUGGAGAAGAUAUAUAUUUUAUGUAGUGUGGGGUAAUAAAUAAUCCCAUGAAAUGAUAACCUGUUGUAAAAUAGUACACUGCGGAUUAGAGGGGGGGGGAAAUUUUGUUUGAUGAGCGCAUGGCAGCUCUUAGUUUAAACUGUGGGGUGAGAUUACCAAAGAUUCGUUUAGCCCAAAGCACUGAAAGGGUCUGUUCUUUAUAUGUGUGUGUGCACUUGUUUUGUCUGCACCCGCUCUCCCUGCUAUUCCUACAUUUUCUCCUGCAAAAUAUACGCAUCCCUGUACCCUAUCGAUGGUGUGAACUUAAACUUAAACUCAUUUCAGGGGUGGAGGCCGGGGUUGGUCUGUCUGGGGUUUACGGUAUUUUUUGUUCUCUUAUUCCCAUUUGCAAGUACGCGUAUUUCAAUAAAAAUGUAAAACUUCUAUGACUGUAACAAUGUACAGUGUAUCAUGUAUAUUUUCUUACUUUCUUGGCAUCAAUGUGAACUUCAUGAACUCAAAUGCUGUAUCAAUAAAAUUAUGCCAGUGGC